AUGCAGUCCGAUGACCCUCCGUUUCUAACUGUUGGCACUGAAGUGAGCGCCAAAUUUAAGGGGGCGUUUUGCGAAGCUAAAGUGAAACGUAUGACGAAAUCUGUAAAAUGUAAAAUCUUGCUGAAAACACCGCCUUACGGUACCAUAUUUGCCGAUCAUACCGAAAUAAAGGGUUCUUUGGAAGUUAAUCAACAGGUUGAAAUUGUUCAGGGGAAAGCGACUUAUAAGGGCAUUAUACAAAAUAUUAAAGAUAACAGUAUAUACGUGGUUGUCUUUAACGAUGGCGACGAAAGACAAUUACGGCGUACACAGGUGUGCAUCAAAGGUGCGAAACAUUUUAAUGAAGAUGUCAAUUUGGAUGCAAUGCCGCUUUACAAACCGGAAUCAUUUAGUAGUCCAGUAGUUCUUGACGAUCGAAAAGGAAAACAAAAAAGGAGAAAUUUGGAACAGUCAAAACAGCAGCGACGACAGCUAUCAGCAAGCGUUGGAGAUAAGGAAGAUGAUAGGGAGCAUGAUGACGAUGCGACAUCCAGCGAAGAUGGUUCACUUGAAAGUACCAUUUCUGGCACUACCCUAUCUCAUACCAGUAAUAACAUCAAUCAAGCUAUAACUGUUCCUGUACAGUCAGGUCGUACGCUCCGUACACGUCGAUUAGCGACAAAAUCAGUUCCAAGGCGCUUACGCAGUGCGCGUAGGGAGUUCAAAUCAUUCUACAAACAGAAUGAUGGUAAUUGUGAUUUGAAAAUUGGAGAUGAUGAGGAUGACGAUAACAAUAAUAAUGAUGAUGAUGGCAACGGUUCGAGCAGUUCGAAAAUGCGUCGUUUUGCGCGCCUACCAAAACCGUCGGUUUCGCGCAUGAUUGCCGAUAAAAUCCUCACCAAAUCUAUUGCACGAACACGUAGGAAGCGUUAUGCAGCAACAGUUGCCACGGAUGCGUUGAAACGUAUGAAAGAACCAAAUAGUACUGGUGGUAAGAGUAGGUUAGGUGAAGACAAUGAUGAUAACUAUAAUAAAGAUGGUGAGGACAGUAAUGUUGAUGAGGAUUAUGGUGGUGAUGAUGAUGAUAAUGAUCAUGGUGAUAAUGAGGGCGAUGACGAAGUUGACGAUACAGAUAAGGAAAAAGGAAGAACACGUGCACGAAAAAAGCAUUGCAGUAGUGAUGAUAAUGAUGAUGAUAAGUCCCAUACAAGUGAUAAAAUGAUAAGUGGCAAUAGCACAAGCCGGAAGAGAGAACGGAAGCGACAACGACUUCGAGACAAAGAAGUGGAGCCGAUAAUAAAGAAAAAGUCGAAAGAUAUUGAUAACGCAAAGAAGCUGUAUAAGGUUGGAAGUGUUGUGGCAGUAUAUGAGGAUGUUGCACGUAAGGGUAAGUGGACACCAGCAGUUGUCGUUGCUGAAGUACCAUUCAGGGCUUCAACAAAGGGGACUAUAAGCAUUGGAAAAAGUGAUAUUCUGUUGCGAAGCUUCAAGGAUUCAAAAUACUUUGCUUGUCCGGUAAGUAAAUUGUCAUCACCGGGCACUUCAGUUGUCAGGUUUCCUGAUUCAUCGUCCAAAGCUGCUGUAGAUCGAGCUCUCGCUUUCGUUGAAAAGGAAAUUUUUCCUACGGGAUGGGAAAGAUCACAAAUUUAUGAUGAUGAUGUGCGAUCAAAAAAACGUGAGCAUAGAUCUUCUUCGAUUGAUCAUAAAAAACGUUCGGAACCUCCCGGAAAAACAAAACGGGAAAUAGAAAAGAAGACUUCUGCUGAGAGUAGCUCUUCAGCGAGCGAGAGCAGCACUGAUGAAGAAUACGGCGAGGAAAGAGAUCAGUUUACUGCCCAGUUAUAUAAGUUCCAUGAAGAAAGAGGAACUCCUAUUAAUCGAGCACCAAUACUUGGUGGAAAAGACAUAGACAUGUUUCGAUUAUAUAAUGUGGUUCAACGAUAUGGGGGCAAAAAACGUGUUACCGAAAACAAUCAGUGGAAGUUGGUUUUGCGGAAAAUGCAUUUGGAAGGAUGUCCAGGUGCAACUUCGGUCACCGUGAAGAAUGCCUAUUCUAGAUACUUGGAUCAUUUUAACUCAUUUUAUCGCAAUUUGGGUAUUUCGAGCUGGUUGUCUACUCCGACACCGUCAACUUCCAGUCGUAGUGAACGUCCAAAUCGGUUGUUGGACCGUCAUAAUAUACAGUUACAAAGAAGAAAAUGGGCAUUACUGGCAUCGAAAAAAAAGGAAAAGGGACAAAAAGAAAGUACAACCAAGGGAAAAGUAACGAAACGAGAAAAAGAGGAAGGCUUGACACGCACGAAGAGAGAAAAAGUAAAAAAAGAGGAGCGAAAUAUGAUGAAAUCUGAUGUCAGCGAAGAUGACGACAAAAUGAAGGGUGUACCAUCUACGUCAUCACAGAGUUCAACACCGUUACUUUGCUUAUCGCCUGGUAGUAGAACAAAGUCUAAGACAAAAGAUGAAGAAGAGCAGGACAAAGGAAGUAUAAGCGAUAGUGGAACAAUCGAAAGUACCAAAGAAAAAGGAAGUUUCAAGACUGAGAAGGAAUCAAACAGAGUUAAGCAUCGAGGUCCAAAAAAAAAAGAUUAUGAAAAGGACGCAAAUAAAGAUGAACAGCAGCUUAGCUCGAAAGCUUCCGAUAUUGAUAAGAGGACUAAAUUGUCAAAGAUUAGCAAACCCGAGAAGAAGCCACCUUCUGAUAGUUAUAUUAAACGAAAAUCCCCUAGUAUUGUCUCAACAGCUUCAAAUGUCGAUCAGGGAAUUAAUGGAAGCGAUGAUGACGUUCAUAUUCGGCAAAUGCGUUUAAAAGAAGUUCGAAAGUUGGGCACAGUUGGAACUCGCCUUUCUGCUGAUCAAAGGGAAUUGUCGAUAAGCAAGCAUGAUGGAAGUGCCAUGGGAAAAGAUUUGGAUAUUCCCCAUGUGCUCAGGAAGGAAAAAACGAAGGAAGGUGUACCGUGGCUUAAUUGUUCUGCAGCUACCGUCUUGACAAAUUUCUACAUGGGACAAAAUGUGAAAGCGUAUCAUCACGGUCAGUGGUAUGAUGCAAGAGUAAUUACAGUGGGUAAAAUUUCACAUGGUGAUGUCCUUUCUUCGAUGAUGGACUUCGAGGCGAGAUGCAAAGCCAUCAAUGAAUCAAUGGAUUGCGAUGAGAAAGAGCGAAAAGAAUCAUUGACAAGAGCAUCAGCACGUUUAAAUGAUCGGUUAGAAGGUAUUCUUCGGGAAAUGACGUGUUGUGUACAUUACCUUGGAUGGAAUUCCCGCUAUGAUGAGUGGGUCGAGUUAAUCAAAAUUAAAGUGCAUGAAAAAGAUCAGAAACUAUCGGAAGAACAAUUUUUGUCGCUUGCUUCGGACAAAUUAAGUGCCCCAACUCUAGAAGCAUCCGUAGCAUGGCGUUCUUCUGUUGAUCCAGCGAAACUUUUAGCAACUGAAGUGUGUAGUAGUGGAAUGAGACCACGGCGACUAUCGCACACUCAUGAACAUGCUACACAUUCAGAGGUUCGUUCACGUUCUACUACGAUCUCGGAAAAAAAAGUGAAAAAAGUGCUGAAAGUCUCGUUGACAGCGGCUGAUUCAACGGUACUGAAAGCACCGGAUGAAUCAGUGAAGCAGAGUGCUGUCCAUCUUGCGAGCAUCAAUCUUUUGACUGAAUCUGAUGCAGAAAUUGUUCUGAAUCGUUUGCCGGAAGAAGCUUCAGUUUCGGAAACACCGCCGCAUCUUUCUUUUGCAAGUGAACUUAUAUCGAGUACAGUAUUUCUUACUGGUGUUAUUGCAGAAGAAAAGCUAUCUGAAGCAAAUUCAAAUUCGAAGCGACGUAGAACAAUGUCAGAUAACCGCCUAGCUGUUGCAAAUCUUUCAGAGAAUUCAGGAAAGACACCGUUUAUCGUUUCUGAAAAUGCAGCUGGUGACAAUAAAACAGAGAAAGUUGAAGCUGGUCCUGUGUUGAUGCAGGAUGAAGUAUCCAGAACUGGACAAAUUGGUAUUGAAAAAACGCAGGUUGAAGCAGCAGACGAAAAUGAAGACAAAUCGACAGUUUUAGUGGUAAAAGUUGUGGAAAAGAAAGAAGAACAUCCGGAUGGGGAUGAAAGGCAAUCAAAAUUGAUGAUUCUAACAAAAAGUAAUGAGAAGGAUUUGAAAGAGGAUGUUGGCAGCAAGCAAAAGGGAAUUACUGCAUUACAGCAAAUUUCACCUGCUGGGGAUCCGGUUCAAAAAAUAACAUCAUGUAAAGAAAUCUCGUUGGAAUUAGAAGCCGCAGCAGAAGAUAUAGCUUCAAAGGAAUGUGAUGAUGAAGUUUGGCAUCCGUCGAUGUCUCUCGGACUUAAACAGCGUGGACGUGGAAUGAAAAAAAAAAAAGUUGGUAGAAAUGCAUCGAAUAUAUUGGUUGAACGUAAAGGCAUAGGAAAAGGAGGAUCCAAGCAAAUAAAUAGUGAGGAACGAAGUAAAGAAAGUGAGGAAUGUUCAUCAAGUGAUGACGAAAGUUUGCCAAGUGUAAGGGAUAGUUGGCAUGCUUUGAAAGUACGUAUGCAACAAAAAGUGGAAUCAGAAGGAGCUAUGGCUUAUGCUGAAAAAGAAUUGAAUUUGGAGCCAAUUGACGAAGAUUUAACUGGGGAAGCGCUAAUAAACAGCUAUCAAGAGCGUAUGCAGGAGCUGAGAGAUAUAUAUCAUAGCAUACGCGCAGAUCAAGCACGUCUAGAUCGUCGUUGGCGGAAAACACUUGAAAAAAGAAAACAACGCGACAAGGAACACAGAAAAAAAGAUGAACCGUUCGUACAAUCGCCCGUAGGUGAUAAUGUUGUAUAA